CUGUUUUGCACAUCAUCCAAGACGAAGAAGAAGAAGUGAGUGUGAGUGUGUGAGGAGCAGAGCAGAGACGUUGACACACACACACACACACACACACACACACACACACACACACACACACACACACACACACACACACAAACACACCACCACAGACACGCAUACCCACACAGAUGGCGCAGGUGAAGCACUUCAGCGUGUUCAAUGACACGUUUGGGCUGAGGGAAGACAAUGAGGAGGAGAAGAUCAUGUACUUCUUCCCGCCACAGGCCACCAUCAACGAGCAGAUGAAGAGCAUAGGCUUGUCCAUGGCCUUUAUCAACUUUGCACGACCCUUCAGCCCGGACAAGCCAGCUGAAGUCGUGCACACGAAGCAAACCCGUCUCGUGUUCCUCAGCCCCGAACCCCACUUCUGGCUGGCCAUGACGUUCCUGUUGCCAUACCGGGAGGACACGUCGCAGGGCAAGCGCACACUGGAGUUUCUCGAAGACGACGUGCAAGACACGGCCCUGCAAAUGCAACUGCAGCAGGCAUACGACAUGUUCAAGCUGUUCCACGGUCCGAUGCAGGCGCUGCUUGACAGCCGCGACCGCCAGGGCCUCAUGACCAUCCUCGACACGUUUUUCACGGAGUACUUUGCAAACCUGCGGCUCAACGACCUGGGCGUCGUUGACGCUUUCCACGGAAUGCAAUUCCUUCCCCUCGACAAGCGCGCAUAUCUGCGAUCACAGUCGUUCAUCAACGCAUUGGAGAUUGCGUUCCCUGCUGUGAAGCGAACGCUGCUGCUGUACAACCGCCAUCUUGUCUGGUCCGGGCUCUCCCAACAAGACACCCGUCUCCUCUACUGGUACCUCGUCGGUGGAUUUCUUCGCCGCGCCGCAACAUCGCCAACAGCGACCGUCACUGGCGGGACGCUGACGUGUCUGCUUGGACCGGAGGACUUCCACGAUGACGAUUCGCCCGUGCACGCGCCGGCCUGCCACGUCGCCAUCAACGGGAACAGCGCAACCUACCGCCUCAUCGUGUACCAGUACAACCAGCUACUCUGCUGCCUCUUCCUCGAUCCAGCGCACGUCAUGGACCUCGACCUCCACGCAUACAUCAGAGAACACAUCCACAGCAACGUGGCGAAAGUUGAGGAAGAGAUCCGCAGCAACACGCGCGAGCGAGAGGCGGAGCAGGCGUUACCCGGUGUCGUGUCACACAAGUUCCUCUACUUCAAUUUUAUGAAUCAAGUCCAGAAGUCCACGUUUCUUUCCCUGCUUGAGCCGAUGUCGCAGCUGCCACUGUCUGCUGACGAUCAGCACGCCGUCCACAUCAUGGGACGACUCCACCACGACUUGGCCAGGGAAGCGUAUGACUGUGAAUUGAUUGCAAAGACAGAAUCGGACGGCUGGGUUGUCGCUCGAAAGGCAGACCAGCGGGAAGUGUUUGUCAUUCUCACCAACCGGCACACCAACCUCAUUGAGAUUGAAGAGGAAAUGAAGAAGAUGUGUGCGGUGCAAUUCAACAGCAUUUUCUUCGCCAACGAUCAGGAGGACGCGCAGCUCAUCUGACACCCAUGGCCAUGCGUGUGUGUGUGUGUGUGUGUGUGUGU